AGUGAAGUGGAUAAUGUUUCUCGGAAAUUCAUACUGGGUACUUGCGUUACAGCAUAUCACAAAACACGCUGAACCGGAGUAUCUGAAAUUUCAACUUCUUCAAUGGCUUCCACUCUCCCUCUUCACCAUCCCACCCACUGGUUCCUCUCCACUCCUAAGUUGAAGAGUUUCCACCAUGGAUGGUCACCACCGCGACCCAGUUGCUCUUUUCUUGCUGACACCCAAAAUCAGAUUAGACCCAUUAAAGCAACCACUGAGAUUUCUCAAUAUCCCAUAUUCCAACCUCCCCAAGUUGAAGAAGAAUCGUCCUCUGAGUUGGAGUCAGCAGACCCUGAUUUUUAUAAGAUAGGGUAUGUAAGGAGCAUGAGAGCUUAUGGAGUUGACUUUAAAGAAGGGCCAGAUGGAUUUGGAGUGUAUGCAUCCAAAGAUGUUGAACCACUUCGCCGAGCCAGGGUAAUUAUGGAAAUUCCACUAGAAUUGAUGCUAACCAUAAGCCAAAAGCUCCCAUGGAUGUUUUUCCCAGAUAUUAUCCCAAUGGGUCAUCCUAUAUUUGAUAUUAUCAACUCGACCAAUCCAGAGACAGAUUGGGACCUGAGGUUAGCAUGUCUUCUUUUAUAUGCAUUUGAUCGGGGGGAUAACUUUUGGCAGUUGUAUGGUGACUUUUUACCUAGUGCAGAGGAGUGCACUAGCUUGCUUUUAGCUACAGAGGAGGAACUUUUGGAGCUUCAAGAUCCUGAGCUUGCUUUAACUAUAAGAGAACAGCAGCACCGAGCUUUAGAAUUUUGGGAAAAGAACUGGCACUCAGGUGUACCCCUUAAAAUAAAGCGCCUUGCGCGCGAUCCUGAGAGAUUUAUUUGGGCAGUGGGUAUAGUACAAUCACGAUGCUUUAACAUGCAACUAAGGAUUGGCUCACUAGUUCAAGAUACAAGUAUGCUAAUCCCUUACGCCGACAUGCUAAACCAUUCCUUUCAGCCAAAUUGUUUUUUACAUUGGCGUUUUAAGGAUCGUAUGCUUGAGGUGAUGAUAAAUGCUGGACAACGGAUUAAAAAAGGAGAUGAGAUGACCAUCAAUUACUUUAGUGGUCUGAAGAAUGACAUGCUCAUGCAGAGAUAUGGAUUUUCUUCACCUGUGAAUCCUUGGGAUGUGAUCCAGUUUUCGGGCAAUGCACGUAUUCAUUUGGAUUCAUUCUUGUCAGUCUUCAAUAUAGCUGGCCUUCCUGAAGAGUAUUAUCAUAACACAGGUCGGCUAUCCAAUGAUGGAGAUACUUUUGUUGAUGGAGCAGUCAUAGCAGCAGCAAGAACGGUUCCCACUUGGUCAGAUGGGGAUGUGCCUCCAAUCCCAAGCCUGGAAAGGAAAGCUGUGAAGGAGUUACAGGAAGAAUGCCAACAAAUGCUUGCAGAAUUUCCUACUAACUCUGAGCAAGACCAGAAACUGCUAGAUUCCAUGCCAGAAGCUAGUAGGGCACUUGACACUGCAAUAAAGUAUAGGUUGCACCGGAAGUUGUUCAUAGAGAAAGUCAUUCUGGCAUUGGAGAUGUAUCAAGAGCAAAUAUUGUUCUAAUUCUUAAGUUUUCAACUUUAAAGAUGUAGGGAAAUUUUGUUUAGCUAUUUAUUCAAAAACUUUAUUAGUUGAAGGACUAAUGUUAGUAAACUGGUUCAAAGUGUUUAGAAAUCUGUGUUUGUGCGAA